UUGAUGUUCGAACUUCAGAAUUGAUCGCAGAGCAGAGUAAAGCACCGUUCUUGGUUUCGAAAUUUCAAUAAUUGUUAAGGGUUACCUCGGCUGUAAUGUAAACCCAAGCGGAAAACAAGUCCCUUUCAGCAUGACGAAAUGGAAGCUUGGAGCGCCCCACCUCUCUGGCCUCGGCUCGUUCCGUCAACUCUGGACAGCUUCCAUGGAUGCGGCGGACUUCCCAAGAGUUCCGAAGCCUUCUGAAUAGCGACACAUAAAACAAACGACACAGCACCAGUCACAACAAAUACAUCGUCCAAAACUCACAAAAGAUGGGUCUCGAGUUUCCCGCCUACGUUCUCUCGGCUUUGACAGCUGUCGGCGGCACCAUCGGAUACGUCAAGACGAAAUCUGUCCCUAGCGUUGCCGCGGGCACUGCUGUCGGUCUUUUGUAUGGUCUUGGUGGUUACCGCCUCCAGAACGGCCAGCCCUUGGGCUUGGAGCUCGCUCUCCUAGCUUCCGUCGUCCUCGGUGGCGCUUCGAUUCCUCGUGCGAUCAGACUCCGGAAGCCCGUUCCCGUCAUGUUGUCGCUCUUUGCGACAUACGGGUUGAUUACUUUCGGUGACGCGUUCCGUCGCACUUUAUAA